CUCCUCCAACUUUCCUGGGUGUCCACGAAGGGGCCCUUCCUUCGCAGCAGAAACCGCCGUCGCUUCCCCUCCUCGGGGGGAGCGAAGAGGUGCGGGGCUGCACCCGGCGGCGGCUCUGUCCGGGCAGCGCCGCUCCUUGGUCCGUGCCCGCCGUGCCCCGUCCCGCGGCUCCGGAGCGUUCGCUUCCCCGGUAACUCCUCUCGGACGGAGAUUUGUCUCCCGGGCAGGACGCUACGUGCGUUUUUGCCUUUGCUUCCCCUCUGGUUCUGGGACGAGAUGCCCUCUCCUUUGGCUACUUUGUCCCUCCCUACCCGGGACGCGCAGCGCUGCGCAGAGCCCCGGGCCGUGCACCGCAUGGAGCUCCCCGCGGCCGAUGGGUCGGGCAGCCGCACGCACCUCGUUCCCAAAAUAAUGACAUUGGCUUCAAAUCAAGGGACGGCCCCUGGCGUGUUCUCAAAUCAGUGCAACGCUCGGUUCUGUCCUUCCUCACUCUGAACCCCUCUGGCUUCACUGUGGCCGUGAUUUCAAUCUGCUACUUGCUGACACCGUGAUUGGAGCGCUGCUUUUCCAGCUGCAGAGCAGCAGCCGCAUCUCCGGGGUCUUACUGGGACCCCGAGCAGCGAUGGGAUGCUCUGAGCGUUGCUACUCCCAGCACCUGGCACUUGGGCACCUGCCGAUCCCCAGCUGUGUUGCUGCCACACUGCCCAGGGCUGCGGCUGUGUCACCCUCACGGGCAGCCCAAGGAACAACCACAACAGCCCCAUGUUGUGCCCUGCAUCCACUGGGCAGGGACGCACAGGAGGGGCACCAUCAGCACGGUGUGCUCAGCCACACGCCGUGCCUGCGGCAGCAGGUCGGUCUGUGUUCUUUCAUAGAAGAGAAAUGAACUGAAAUGAUUAAUUAAUGCUGUGAUCCAAUUACUCUGAGUUUGCAGAAGGGGCAUGGUUUUUCUCUUUAAACUGUCCCCACGAGGGUCCUAUUGAUAUCAGUUUUUGUCAUAGUUGUGGGUUUUUUGCUUUAUUCUUGUUUGUUUGUUUGUUGUUUCUAAUGGAAAUGACAAACAUCUCCCCAGGAAAACGCAGACAAAGUCAGGUAAUAAAAAUAACGAGCUGAGGAGCGGCGGUGCCCAGCAGGCCUCAGCCCCGGAGCUGCUGUCCCCUGACAUGAUGAGAUACAGCCAACAGUGCUGAGGGCAAGUGGGCACUGCAGGGCUGGGGGUGGGGGCAGAGUGGCAGUAGAGAGAGGGCAAUGGGAGCUGUUUGCAGCGGGUGCCGCCUUUGGCACCAACACAGCUCGCCUGCCCAUGUACACACAAACAUGGCAUGAGGUUCAGAGCCCAAACAGCCCCGCUGCCCCUUGAUGCUCCAAACGGAGGCAUUAAAGAGCAUUGUCUGUCCUCUGUUGGCCAUGGGGAUGUGCUGCUCUUGUUCUCCAUCAAACCAAGGGAGGUUUUCUUGUGUUUCAGCAUCCAUCUGUGCUGGCUCUUGAACUGUGCAGCUUUGGAAGCCAAAGGUGUGCUCUGGGGCAGUGAGACAGAGGGAUUUUGCACUGAGCCAUUCCUGUUUUCUUCCCCUCCCACCUCCAUCCCCACUCUUCAGCCUGCUCUGGCAUCAGAGCCUGCCCCAAGCAAUGGGGAUGCUCAGCACCUGAGCACCACUGGAGCUCCUUCACAUUGGCAUUUGUGGGCUCACUGGAGCCUGCCCGGGGUUGGCAUUCCAAGCAGAGCCGCCUUGGCCCUGCACUGCUGCCGUGACGCAGAGGGGCCAGGGGAAUGCAGGAGCCGUGGCAGCUGUUUGCUCAGCCUCAAGAGCUCAGCAGAGGAGCUCCAUCGGUCAGCCGGCAGGAGGGGCAGCAGAAGCCUGGCCUUUAAAGGCAGAGCCCUGCGCAGUGGGCAGGCUGCCCCAGUGCUGCUGAGUGCUGCAGGCAGUGGGCAGUGCCUGGAAGCCGAAUGCUGGAGAUCCAGAAAGGCAGCCCUUCUGCUGCCACCAUGGCCUUAAUGUGUUUUGUGACUCCUCAGAGGGCACAACAGCAGCGGGCAUUGGCACUGCCUGAGUGCCAUCAGGGCAUGGCAGUGGUGGAACUGCAUGGCACUGAGCUACAUGUACCUGGAGGGGAGUGGGGUCCAAGCAUGAGGCCAGGCACAGAAAUCACCUCUGUCACACCUCAGAGGGCAGGAGCUGAGUGUUCCUGCAGCGCUAAGGGUUAACGCUGCCUUGGUCUGGGUCCAGCAGUGCUGGGCUAAUCGGGCUGUGGGAAACUCUGAGGUUUCAGUUGUGCAACGCCAAGGGCGGAAAACAUCACUUUGAGCAAACACGACGUCCAUGUCCAGGUCACAGGGCGGAUCCCGAGUGGCAGCUCGGCGCCUGGACCCUGAGCCUCCCCAUGCCUCCUCGGCUGGGAGCGGGGCCGCUGGGACGGGAAGGGAUGGGAUGGAGCAGGAUGGGGUGAGAGGGAUGGGACAAGUGCCUUGUGGAGUCUGUCCAGGGCAGGGCUGAAAGCAGCACGCAGGGCAGCUACGAUCCCUGCUCCCCCACAGCUGACUUGGUCUCAGUCCCAAGCUGUUCUUGCUGCUCUCUCCCCCAAUCCCUGUCUCUCCCACAGGUGUUUGAUCCCAGACACAAGGAGGGUGCAGCUGCUGUGGGCAGACAUCUGUUGCUCUCAGCCUCUUCCCCUUUCCCCACUGUAUCUGCACCUGGCUGCUGACAGAGCUCCAGCCCGGGGCCAUAGAAGACCAAGAGCAUCCCGUUAAGGCAAGCAGCAUUCAUGCAGUAGGCAGCAGCAGUGUAGCUGUGCCCCAGGCUCUGAUGAAAGCCCCGUGUAUCCCGAGCGCUGUGGGAAGGAGGAGUGCUGGGAGUCUCGGGGAGGGCCACGGCCGGCAGCUGCAGCAGGAUGGCGAGAGUGGGCCUGGGGCUGAGUGCUGUAGGCAAAGGACAGCGUGCAGGGCCGGGAUCCGGCCGGUGUCUGGGGCUGUGUGGGCAUCAGCAUCGGGAAUCUCCGGGAGAUAUCCCCCAGGCUCUGGCCGACGGGCCGGGCAUGGCUGAAAAGAGCCAACUGCCGCGUUCAAAACGCCGGUUGCAGUCAUCCAUCCCGAGGAUCCGGUUUCUUCCUUUUUCAACCCAGAAGUUUGCAGCCUGACCUCUGGGUGGCAUCCACGGACGUUUGGAUCGAGGCUCUCCUGUCCCCUCCUCGUGAGCCGUGCGGGGGGAUGAGCUGCGCUUCCAUCUUAAAAUGGGCAACUAAGAGUGCGAGCCUCCGCCAUGCCAUUAAACACACUUAGAGGGGAAUGCGGGUCUAUAAACUCAAGUGGAAACAAAACAAACAAAAAAAUAACAAAGACAGAAACUGUAUCUUAGUAGAAAAGAAAGACGGGUUUGGAUUGGUUUUUUGUUUUGUUUGUUUUUCAAAGCAGGUUUAGGGGCUGGAGCUGUACAGGAGAGGAAGAUCAGCUUCCCUGCCCACCCAGCAAUUCCAUUUCUUUCCCCUCCUGGUAAAUGCUCCCUCAUCCCAAUUUUGGUCCACUGAUUAUUUUUAAGACCACUCUCCUCCCACUCAUCACCACGGGGGUCAGCCACAGACACCUUGGUUUCCGUGAAGGCAGAAUGUCUGCCCAUUAUCUCCCACACCUGCCAGGGCUGUGAACCCAUCUGAGGCUAAUUACCCUCAAACUGACGCCUGGCUGGGCCCUGGGCCUCAGCCCAGCUGGGAGACAGGCCAGAUCGGUGCCCAGUAAGAUGCAGUGGGAUUCACAUGGAUGUCUUUGGGCUGAAGCUGUAACAAAAUUUGCUGUCUUCCCUGUCCCAGAUUUCCUCUUCCAGAAGGAGCUGUUUGCUGCCAGAGACACAGACCCCAUGCACAACCUCUCCGCGCAGCCCUGGCAGGCGAAGAUGGCCAACCUGACCUACGACAAUGUCACCCUCAGCAACCGCUCUGAGGUGGCCAUCCAGCCCCCCACCAACUACAAGACUGUGGAGCUGGUUUUCAUCGCCACAGUCACUGGUUCGCUCAGCCUCGUCACCGUGGUGGGGAACAUCCUGGUGAUGCUGUCCAUCAAGGUGAACCGCCAGCUCCAGACUGUCAACAACUACUUCCUCUUCAGCCUGGCCUGUGCUGACCUCAUCAUCGGAGUCUUCUCCAUGAACCUCUACACGGUCUACAUCAUCAAAGGCUACUGGCCACUGGGGGCCGUGGUGUGUGACCUGUGGCUGGCCCUGGACUACGUGGUGAGCAACGCCUCGGUCAUGAACUUACUCAUCAUCAGCUUUGACCGGUACUUCUGUGUCACUAAGCCCCUGACGUACCCGGCCAGGAGGACCACCAAGAUGGCGGGGCUCAUGAUCGCAGCCGCAUGGAUAUUGUCCUUCAUUCUCUGGGCCCCUGCCAUCUUGUUCUGGCAGUUCAUUGUGGGCAAGAGGACAGUCCACGAGAGGGAGUGCUACAUCCAGUUCCUCUCCAACCCGGCGGUGACCUUCGGCACAGCCAUCGCUGCUUUCUACCUGCCCGUGGUCAUCAUGACGGUGCUGUACAUCCACAUCUCGCUGGCCAGCAGGAGCAGGGUGAGGAGACACAAGCCCGAAAGCAGGAAAGAGAGGAAAGGCAAAUCCCUCAGCUUCUUCAAGGCUCCCCCAGUCAAACAGAACAACAACAACUCCCCCAAGAGGGCUGUGGAGGUGAAGGAGGAGGUGAGGAAUGGGAAGGUGGAUGAUCAGCCCUCAGCUCAGACAGAGGCUACUGGCCAGCAGGAGGAGAAGGAGACCUCCAAUGAGUCCAGCACGGUCAGCAUGACCCAGACCACCAAAGACAAGCCCACAACGGAAAUCUUGCCAGCGGGACAAGGACAGAGCCCAGCCCAUCCUCGGGUGAACCCGACUUCCAAGUGGUCCAAGAUCAAAAUUGUCACCAAGCAGACUGGGACCGAAUGUGUCACCGCCAUCGAGAUCGUCCCAGCUAAGGCAGGAGCCUCUGACCACAACUCCCUGUCCAACAGCCGCCCUGCCAAUGUCGCCAGGAAGUUUGCCAGCAUCGCCAGGAGCCAAGUGCGAAAGAAGCGCCAGAUGGCAGCCCGGGAGAAGAAGGUCACCCGGACCAUAUUUGCCAUUCUGCUGGCCUUCAUACUCACAUGGACUCCGUACAACGUCAUGGUCCUCAUUAACACCUUCUGCGAGACCUGCGUUCCUGAAACCGUGUGGUCCAUUGGCUACUGGCUCUGCUAUGUCAACAGCACCAUCAACCCAGCCUGCUAUGCCCUCUGCAAUGCCACGUUCAAGAAAACCUUUAAGCACCUCCUCAUGUGCCAGUACAGGAACAUUGGCACGGCCAGGUAAGCUGGUGCUCAGGGACCACUUCAGCAACGUUCCAGCAGUCCUCCCCUUCGCCUCCUUCACCUGGAGGGGUCCUCUGCUCCCUCUCACAGAAGCAUGGACUGCGAAGUGCUGGCAGGUGACGCCCUUGUAUGCUGACAAAAGCCCACGGCACCUCUGAGCUACAGCUCCUCCAGCCACUCUGGGCCCAGGGACUCACUGAGGGGCUGGGAAGGAAGGUGAGCUGAGGCCACAUGUGCUAACCAGGUGCCCUCCCAGCUCCCUGCCCUGGAUGUGUUGGCCAACAGCCAUCAGCACUCCUCAUCAGACUGACCGCCUCUUCUCCCUGUGGCUGACCAUCUCCCGGCUGUCAGAGCUUGUUUGCACACAAACAGCCUAAAGCUGGGUGUUUUCAAUAGCCUUGUAGACCAUUUACUACCCAAAAUGAAAAGAAACGGGGGGCCCAACUCUUGCCAGCCACUUUGGACCAGGCUGGCUUGAGUGUGUGCACAGAAGGCCCUCUUGGACUGUCCAGUCAUGAAGUUGGGCCUGUGCCCAAGCAGCAGUGGUGGGCUCCCUCCUCACCUCAAUGUCACCUCCUGGCCUAGGGACCAGCGGGAACAGUGUGGGACACCUGUCCCACCGUGGUGGCCCCAGGGAGGACAUAGGAUAUGACUGCUGAGCUUUGUAAAUGGAUGUAACCUCAUGGCCACUGCUGUCGCGGAGUCCUCAGCAUGCGGGGUCCCACCAGCCCCUCCUGGCCCCACGCGUGCAGCCCAGGCCCCAUCGUGCUGUUGACUCACUUCUGCCAAGGCUGGGGCUCUGCUGAAAUAUGGGGGCACUGCCAUGUCUGUUUGUCCGUCUCACUCCAUGCCAGGGCAAUGCCAUGCGACCUGGAGAAGGGCUGCCCUGCCCCCCUCACUGCCGCUGCCUUUAGGAUCCCGACAUAGCGUUACCCACAUUGCCUGGCGGGUUGGUUGGGGGUUUUGAAGAAGUGUUACAGCUACAGCAGACCCCCAGCAAAUAAAGACCUCGGACCAGAAACCAAA